AGCUGCAAUUUCCUCAAAUGAACUCAGGUCGGCGUGAAGUCCAGCUCUCUGCUCCCCAUUAGCUAGCUAUGCUACAAUCCUCAGUCGUCGACAGCCGCUCCGUUAAUUUGUCCCCGGCUGCCAUUCUGUCGCUCCCCGUAUCUCUUCCUCCACCUUGUUCACUCGGCGGAAGGUGUUUUUAUUACGACUUGCUGCGUUCUUUAAAGUAAGAAACUACAACAAAAUAACAUGAACCCAAGCGUACAACCUCUGAUAGUUACUCCUUUCUACUGCGUUGACUCCGUCCGUCAGUGGGGAAGCCGACUGCGCUAUGACGAGAAUGGUUUGGGCGGAGCAGGACGACAGGUCAAAUAAAGGAAGAUCAUCAUGUCAAGCUCCUGUGACACUCUGUACUUCAGUCUGCCUGCCCAUGGAAACUCUGUCCUGCACAAGAUGAAUGCCCUAAGAGAAGACCGUCGGUUCUGUGACAUCACGCUCAUCUUCGGAAGCCCAAACACCUCUGCGGAACAGUGUGUCCACUUCCACGGCCACAGGGUGGUGCUUGCCGCAUCCUCUGAUUUCUUCCGUGAUCAGUUCCUGCUCCAUGAAGACCAGGCAGAGAUGAGUGUGGCUGCAGUUUCCAGCGCAAGAGUGGCAAAGUCGCUGCUGCUGUCCUGCUACACUGGACUUCUCGAGGUACCUUUGGCAGAACUGGUCAGUUACCUGAGCACAGCCAGCAUCCUCCAGAUGAGCGAGGUGGUAGAGAAAUGCAGUCAAGCUGUGUUGCAGUUCCUUAAACCCAUUGUGUUUUACAAUAAACUUCAAAGUUUCUCCAAGGAAACAGAAAACCAGCAGCCAGAGAGAAGCUGGCUAUGUUCCAGUUUUGAAAAUCGGAGGGAAAAGGAUGUGGCCCAGCCCAGCACCAGCAUCCAGGAAGAUAAGACAAAGGAAGAAGGAGUGGUUCUUGGUCAGGCAAUGGAUGGGGUCAGCCAAGAAUCUAAGGUGGAUAAUGAAAAAUCUAAUGUGACUAUAGAAGGCAUGAAGUUUGUGAAACCUAACUUCGAGUCAUCAGAGGAUCAAAAAUUUGAGCUUGACACCUUGAAGUCAGAGCAAGGUGUGGAAAACCCCACAGCAGCUCUCAGUGAUGAAGUUUUUCAAGACCUCAUUUCAUUCCCAGGUUUAGAGAUUGGAAGUGCUGCAGAUCACGUAAAGCUGGUGGACAUCUCCCAAAAACAACACGAACAAGUAGGACAUGAAGAAAAACAAGAUAAAAACGUUUAUGCACACAAAGGUCAACUGGAACAUGGUGGAGACCUGAUAGAUUCCAAAAUAUCUAACCUCUCCGAGGCACAGUCGACAAAGACUGGUGAAGAUGUACUACUAGAGGCUUCACACAGCGUCCAAGUUGAGAGACCCUACCUGUGCAGAAAGUGUGACAAAAUCUUCCAGCACCUUGAAAACUACAUGGGCCACCUGAAGGAACACAGACAGUAUUCCUGUUUGGUCUGUGGGGAGGGCUUUUCCCAGAAGAGCAAACUGACCCGGCACAUACGUAUUCAUCCUGAUGUCAAGCCCUUCAGGUGUCCACUGUGCCAUGAAACAUUCAUCCAAAAGGGUUGGCUGCAAGAACACCUCAACCUGCACACAGGGCACAAGCAUAGUCUGAAUCCAACAAACAAGUCAGAUUUUACAGGCCUAAAGGGAGAGAAAAAUGGCCUGACAGAUGUGCUGGAGAAGAGUGGAGGAGCAAGUUAGGAGCAAUGUGAUCAUUGCUGUUUGUUCUGGCUGCUUGUAUCUUUUUUUUUUUUUGUCUUUUUUGGAAAUCUGGUCCCAACUUCAGUUGUAGGAAAAACAUGCACAUGCAAAAAGACAGAUUUUUUUUGAGGGACUGAAAAAAAAAUGUGUAAAAUAUUAUAUAAGAUUCCAAAGAUGAAAAGAGUGUGCCUCAUAUCUCAGAGGAUGUUCCAUGCUAGAUAUAUUUGGUCAAGGUUAUUUUAAUUUAGUUGUGAAUUCUUUGGUGUUCAAAAUGAGCAAGAUUGCCUAUUGGCUCUGUGCCUGAUGUCUCAAAAUAUUUUAUUCAUUCAAUAUGCAUAGUCCUAAAUUAUGCUGUUUAAAUUCAAAUACAUUGCACACCAUUCAUUUGUGCAUGUUCUACUAAUAAACCUUGAUGAGCUCCUUAUUGUCUUUUGUUAUAUUUUUUAAUUUAAAUUAAAGUUUUUCACUGGUUAGUCAUUGUAAAAUGCAGCAAAUGUACAAACUGUGUGGUUACAUUUUUAUACAAGUCUGUCUUAGCUUUUUUUAUUCUUUAAUUAAGGUUGUUGGGAGGAGAGAGGGUUCAUCACAGCAGAUAGACUGCAGCUCCAACUAGGAGUUGUUGGGUGGAAAAUGAGGCGCAUGGUGAGAUCAAUUCCUUUUGCGUGCUACCUCGGGAGAUUAAUGGAUUUCUCAAACAUGCAUAAAAGAAACAAAUCAAUACUCCAGGUAUGUUUUUGAUGAGGGAAUAUAAAUAAAUAUGUCUUUCACCAUGCUGCCUCUUUUACUUGGCUUGGGAAGACGAAACCCCAAGAAUCCGCCUCCCUGAGUCUCACUUCAACUUUAAUUUAGACUGGAGAUUAUUUAACCACACAGCCGUUUUUAAAUUGCUGAUAUGCCAAGUAAAACUGGAGUUAUGCUAAAAUAAUUUAGCUAUCUCUUUUUUC